AGCGGGCGCUCCCCGAGGGGCUCGGCUGAGGCGCAACAUGGCGGCGCUGGGUGGGCGUUGAGCGGGGCCCGGGCAGGAGCCGCGGACAGGCAGCGGCCAGGGAACGAAGGAAGGAAGGAGGGAGGGAGGGAAUAAUCCGGAGAAUUGCGGAGAAAGGUGGCGGGGCCGUCUCGGGCGGCCCCGAGCGGCGGCCAUGGCCCAGUGCGUGCAGUCGGUGCAGGAGUUCAUCCAGGACUCGUUCGUGCCCUUGGUGGCCGCGCUGUGCAGCGAGGAGGCGGAGCGGCUCACCCGCAGGAACAACCUCAGCUUCGCCGAGCUGGUCAGGCCCUUCUGCCGCCUCACCUCGGAAGUUCACAUGAGAGAUCCUAAUAAUCAGCUUCACAUCAUUAAAAAUUUGAAGAUCGCUGUCAACAACAUCAUUACUCACCCACCUCAGCCCGGUGCCAUUCGGAAACUUUUGCAUGAUGUUGUGUCUGUCAGUCAGCCUGCUGAAGGACUGGUAGCUAAUGUGAUCACGGCUGGAGAUUAUGAUCUCAACAUCAGUGAUCGCUCAGUUAAAGCUAGUGUUCCUUGGUACAGUAAUUGGAAAGAGACACUGAUGGAAUUGAACACAUCCACGUUUUAUUCAGCUACUACUCCUUGGUUUGAGUCUUACAGAGAAUGCUUUCUUCAGUCCAUGCCUGCAUCUGAUCACGAAUUCUUAAACCACUAUGUUGCUUGUAUGCUGGUAGUUUCUUCUAGUGAACCUGACCCUGUGGAGCAGUUCCUGAAGCUGUCCCAAGAACAACAUCGGAUUCAGCACAGUAGUGAAUACUCGUAUCCCAAGUGGUUUAUACCAAACACACUUAAAUAUUAUGUGUUACUGCAUGAUGUAAGCACAGGAGAAGAACAAAGAGCUGACUCCAUUUAUGAAGAGAUGAAACAGAGAUAUGGAACUCAGGGUUGCUAUUUGCUGAAAAUAAAUUCUCGGGUGUCGAACAGAGGAGCAGACGAACAGAUACCAGAUCCUUGGAGUCAGUACCUUCAGAAAAACACUAUCCAGAACCAGGAUUCCUAUGAAGAUUACACUGUUUCAAACAAGAAUACUGAUCACUUGAUAUCAGAUGGCAUAGACAGUGAAAUUAAAGACGGCUUGUCAAAUAACUUUAAGACUCACCCCCUUCAACUGGAUCAUCCCAGUGGCAGUUUGGAUAGCACUGAUUACAUGAAGGCUUCUACAUCAGUUCAAGACUCAAAGAAGUCAAAUUCUGGGACACCUCAUGGUGCUUGCUUAACUCUCACAGAUCAUGAUCGAAUUAGGCAGUUCAUACAGGAAUUCACAUUUCGGGGGCUUCUACCACACAUAGAAAAAACAAUUAGACAGCUCAAUGAUCAGUUAAUAUCCAGGAAAGGCUUGAGCCGAUCACUGUUUUUUGCUACUAAAAAAUGGUUUAGUGGCAGCAAGGUUCCAGAGAAAAGUAUAAAUGAGCUCAAGAAUACUUCUGGUUUGCUGUAUCCACCAGAAGCGCCAGAGCUUCAAAUCCGGAAGAUGGCAGACUUGUGCUUUUUGGUGCAACACUAUGAACUUGCAUAUAGCUGCUACCAUACAGCAAAGAAGGACUUCUUAAAUGAUCAGGCAAUGCUUUAUGCAGCUGGAGCACUGGAAAUGGCAGCAGUAUCAGCUUUUCUUCAGCCUGGAGCUCCUAGGCCAUAUCCUGCUCAUUAUAUGGAGACAGCAAUUCAGACUUAUAGAGAUAUCUGCAAGAACAUGGUUCUGGCUGAACGCUGUGUACUGCUUAGUGCUGAAAUCUUAAAAAGUCAAAGCAAAUAUUCAGAGGCAGCUGCUCUUCUGAUUCGUUUGACCAGUGAGGAUUCAGAUCUUCGCAGUGCACUCCUAUUGGAGCAGGCAGCCCAUUGUUUUAUAAACAUGAAAAGUCCCAUGGUUAGAAAGUUUGCAUUUCAUAUGAUAUUGGCUGGCCACAGAUUUAGUAAAGCAGGGCAGAAGAAACAUGCCUUACGUUGCUACUGUCAAGCCAUGCAGGUUUACAAAGGGAAGGGCUGGUCUCUUGCAGAAGACCACAUUAAUUUCACCAUCGGUCGUCAGUCCUUUACACUUCGUCAGCUGGACAAUGCUGUGUCUGCCUUCAGGCAUAUUUUGAUCAAUGACAGUAAACAGCCUCCAGCUCAGCAAGGAGCUUUUUUAAGAGAAUAUCUUUAUGUCUAUAAGAAUGCAACCCAGGCGUCACCUGAUGGUCCCUUGCCACAGCUUCCUUUACCAUAUAUUAACAGCUCAGCAACUCGUGUUUUCUUUGGCCAUGAUCGGCGACCAGCAGAAGGUGAAAAGCAGGCAGCUACGCAUGUAAGCCUGGAUCAGGAGUAUGACUCAGAAUCAUCACAGCAGUGGAAGGAGCUCGAGGAACAAGUUGUGUCUGUGAUAAAUAAAGGAACCAUACCUUCAAAUUUUCAGCCAACACAGUUCUGUUUAAAUCGCUACUCGGAUAACUCCAAAUUUCCACUUGCUGUGAUAGAAGAACCAAUAACUGUAGAAGUGUCCUUCCGAAACCCUCUGAAAGUUCCGCUUCUUUUGACUGACCUUUCAUUGCUGUGGAAGUUUCAACCUAAAGACUUCAGUGUAAAGUGUGAUGGAGAAACAAAAGAGCAGGGUACGUGUGAUGAAGAUAUGGUAGGAACUGAAGCAAUAGCAGAAUUUUUAAUUAAUAGCGAGGAGACAAAAGUGGCAAGACUAAAGCUCUUUCCCCAUCAAACAGGGGAGCUACAUAUUCUGGGAGUCGUUUAUAAUCUUGGCAGUGUUCAAGGUGCUGUGUCAUUAGAUGGAAUAGAUCCUUCUAUUGGAUUACAGACAGGAAAAUUUGUUUCCAAUGGGUUAUCUGUACGAGGAAGACAAGAUUUAGAAAUCCAAGGGCCUCGACUUAAUAACACAAAAGAGGAAAAAACAUCGAUUAAAUAUGGACCUGAUCGACGUUUAGAUCCCAUUAUUACAGAAGAAAUGCCUUUGUUAGAGGUGUUCUUUAUAAAUUUUCCUACAGGGCUUCUCUGUGGAGAAAUCAGAAAAGCGUAUGUAGAAUUUGUGAACGUGAGCAAGUGCCCUCUUACUGCACUAAAGGUUGUGUCCAAGCAUCCAGAAUUUUUCACUUUUGGUGGAAAUACUGCUGUUUUAACACCACUAAGUCCUUCAGCAUCUGAGAACUGUAGUGCUUACAAGACUGUUGUGACAGAUCCUACCUCUGUGCGAACAGCACUGCUGUCUUCAGCUUCUUCUGCAGACUUUGGGGUUGGCACAGGAGGUUCACCUGAAGUAAUACAGGUUCCGCUUCCUGAUGCUGUUCUUCUUCCUGGGGCUUCAGUGCAGCUGCCGAUGUGGUUACGGGGACCAGAUGAAGAAGGUGUUCAUGAAAUUAACUUCUUGUUUUACUAUGAAGGUAUUAAAAAGCACUCAAAAAUGUGUCACAGAGUAUUAAGGCACACUGCAGUUAUUUGUACCAGUCGGUCUCUGCACGUUCGGGCUACUGUCUGCAGAAGUAAUGCACUUGGGGAUGAAGAAGGCAGAGGGGACAACAUGUUGCUCUUUGUGGAUGUAGAAAAUAUCAAUACUAGUGAGACGGGUGUUAAGGAAUUUCAUAUAGCGCAAGUUUCAAGCAAUAGCAAGCACUGGAAACUUCAAAAAUCUGUUAACAUCUCUGGAGACAAAGAUACUAAACUGGCUAGCAGAGAGAGAGCAAAGUUGUGUUUUAAAGCAGUGAGAUGCAAAAACUCAGAAGAAAAUUACACAUUUGCGGAUAUUGUCUUUGGAAAUGAACAGAUAAUAAGUUCAGCCAGUCCUUGUGCAGACUUUUUUUUCCAAAGCUUAUCCUCUGAAUUUAAAAGAACACAUGUGCAGUCUCAUACUCACACGUCUCAAAGGGCAGUGAAACAAUCGUUUGAUGAAACAGUCAGAUUGAUACAAAGAUGCAGUGAAGUUGAUUUGAACAUUGUGGUACUGUGGAAGGCAUAUGUUGUGGAAGACAGCAAGCAGCUUAUUUUGGAGGGUCAGCAUCAUGUUGCCCUUAACACAGUUGGGAAGGAGGCCUUUUCAUUUCCUCAGAAACAGAUUCCAAAAGAAAAGUGCAGUGUAAUAUGGUGGAAUGGAAGUAAUAGUGGAAGUAAUAUGACAUUUGGCACAUCUCUGGUUUUUAAAGACUUCACACCGAUGGAAGGCAAGAAGCAGCCUAGAGGUUUGUCAUUUGAAUGUUGGCAUGUUGGGAAUAGCAUCCAUCCUUUGCAGGUGUGCUUCAGGACUGCAUAUUUAGUCCUGUGAAUUAGAUCAGUACUAGCCCAAAGUAAAAUCCAUAAAAUGUGUAUAGAAUGGAUGCAAGCAGAAAGGAUAAUUUUACGUAAGAUAGCUGCUUAAAAUACAUGCAGCUUAGUGAGUCAAAAACAGUUUGGCUGGAAGCAGGAAUUCUUGAAAUGUAGGAGAGGAUAGGGUUUAAGUAACUAUUUUGCCUAUUACUGGAAGUGACAUAUUUUGCUAGUUCAGGACUUUCUUUACAGAAUAUGUGGGAGGAGAUGCUUGAAUAAAACAGAGAUUGUUGGAAGGAUUUAAGACUUUCCUUAAACCACCUCAGCAGAGGAAAAGCAAAGUUCUUAAGGGUAAAUCAACAUCAAGAGCUGAAAUACACAUUUUUAAUUCUCUUAUAUCAAUUAAUGGAGCAGAUACAGUACCAGUUUGGGAGAUCUGGCUUAUAUGAUUGUCAUGAAUGAAAUAUUACAAAUAGUUGCAACAGUUGAUAUGCUGUUUUACCCAUUAUGGACUGCAGAGCACAAGAUAUCUGUUUUCUAAUGUAUUAUUCUUGAUAUCAGUAAAAUUCUAUUCCUGGAGUUGUCAUUUCUGUAAGUUGAGAACUAGAAUGAAUAUAGAUGAAUCACAUAUUGAAGGAAGCAACUUAAAACUGAGGUUUUAAAAUGGAAAUUCUCAGAUCUAAAAUGGGAAAGGGAGUAAAGCACAUAAUUUAGAUGUCUCACUCUUAUUCUGCUGCUUUCAUAUAGUCUCCUUUUACUUAUGCUUAGCUCCAUUCAAGAGUUUAGUGUUUAGGUUUUCUUCUGUGCUGUGCAUACUGGUCCCUCAUAUUUGACUGAGCAUGUCAGUCCUUUUGGCUAUAUGUGACUUGUGGUUUAUGGGGCAAAUAUGCUGAUCUUGUGUACAACUUGGAAAUCAAAGUGCAGUACUUACCUUUUUAUGGUGUGCUUAAGGGCACAUUGACCCAGUCUCUAAGAAUAUUGUUUAUGAAAUUUAAAACUUUAGGUUGUAUAAUAUUGGGCAUAAAAAUCUUUUAAAGUCACUGUAUGUGAAGAUACCAUCACUUCUGUUCAUCUGAGGGAAGGGAAGAACUUUUCAAUUUGAAACUGCAUUCUAAGAUAUUGAGGAAUGUAUUAUGGGUAGAUCUGUCUGUUACAUCUAUUAAAAGAUGCUUUGAAUUGUUAAAAUGUUGCUUUUUCAACUUUUAGCUAAGUAUAAUUGCAGAAGAGAGCUGAAACUGAUGUGAGUGACUAAAGCACCAUUUCAGAAGUGUAUAUAGAGAUGAUUUAUAGCUAUUUCAAAGUAACAAAAUACCAGACUAAUGACUUUCUUGUAACACAAAUAAGUGAAGAUAGUGAGAUUAUUCUGCUUGAAUUAGAAAUCUUUUGUCUAGAUUUGACUGUAUUUGUUUGAAGCUAGCCUUUGUAAAUGGCUUUGGGGAACAAGAAGCUUUCUAAAAAUAGAAAGCAACUUUUCAAUCACCAGUUGUGCAGUUUGUAGCUCUUGGAACGUAACUGAAGGAGCACUGCCAUUCUGGUGCUAAUGCUUGGUGUGUAUUUUUAGGCAAAGCUGAAAAGCUUUAAAAUGCAGCUAUAAAAUGUAAAACAAUAACAAACACACACUCCUCUUCCAGUCAAGCCUCUCUACCUCUACCAGUUUGUAUAGAUGAGACACUCAAAUUACACCAUAACUGUUUUUUCAACGAGACAACCCUAACCAUUGAUGUGGCUUUCUUGUAUGCAGCUUUUGCUGGUUGCUAGAGCUUGUGACACUUCUGGAGGCUUUGCAAAGAACCACACUGGGUCAACAAGCAGAUUUUAGGUGUCAGAAUUUUUUUUUUCCUCUUUUAAAAGGCAAUACUUCACUUGGGCUGAUAAUCAAGGAGUUCAACAACAAAAUAUCACCUGUUCAGUUCUUGAUUUUUCUUUUGCUUUGUUUGAGUAUAAGGCUGUUACUGCUUGGGUAUAUUCUUGAAAGGAAAGUAUGGGUGCCAAGUAGGUAUGGGCUUUUGGUUUGGUUCUUUUUAAGCCUUGAUCCAAUUUCACGAGCUCCAGAAUAGGGCAGGAGUUUAAUGCAUCCUUAAAACUUAGCAUUUAUUAGCAGUCUCUAGGUAGCUUUCUGAGCUGCAUGCACAACUUUUGGUUAUUGUUUGGAAGUCCUCAAUUCUUUCCUGAACCAUUCAUUAGGUAAAAGAAAAAUGGGCUAAAUGUCGUAUCUUAGCCUUUGUUCUAGGUUCACAAUCACAAAAAGCCUAGAGUCUCAGCAGCUAAACUUGGAAAGACAGACAUCUUUUCUGAUUCUAACACCCAGAAGGUAGCUGGAAUUAAGGUUUAGCUCUGCAGAAAAUGAUUAAUUUUGCUGCUUUCCAGUCCUUCAUGAGAGGUGUAAUAUUAGAACUAAAGAUUUGAAGCACUCUACACUUUCACCAGUAAAUGUUUCUGCUGCAUUUCAUGAUGUUCUUGUCUACUUGUAGAGGUAAAUAUUCGUAUUUGUCUUUUGUAGGGUUUUAAAAAAAUACUCGGGAA